CCAGCAUCUUCAGAUGCAGAGUCAAUUCAUGACGUCCUCACAUGCUGUUCCUGGAAAAGUAUAUUCUAUUCAAGGGGUUUUCUCUGUUCACUGUGACGGGGGAAACCUCCGGCCUCAUUGGAGUUUCGAUCGAGCUGGUAUAAUCCUUUCUAAUGGUUCUUUCUCAUCUGGGUUUCUUCAUUCCUUGUUUAUUUUCUCUGUUUUUUUUUGUCAAAAUUUGUUAUUUCUUUUCUGGGUUUUGUGGUUUGUCCAUGAAUUUCAUGCUUCGUUUCUCAGUUGACUGUUGGUAUAUUGAUCGGGUUGCGGGUCUAUAAUUCUGCUACUUUUAGAAUUGAUGAAAUUGAAGCCACUGGUUCAAGAAAUUGAAGGGUCAUGAGAUUUAGCAUUCCAAUUAGUAUGUUUUUUGGGUGUUGAAAUUUGUACUUAAUGGAGUAGUGAAGUAUUUGCUCAUGUUUGACUUCGUUUUGUUCCGGGUGUUGAGCUAAUUUGCGUAUUUGAUACUUAUUGCGUGUUGAAUCUCUGCAUAUUCUCUUUUAGAUCUGUGUGGAUAAUGAUAAGAUUGAAGUUUCUUUUCCGCUGUACUAUUGACAUGAUUUCAUUUAAGAUCCAAGUUUAUCAAUUCUUUUGUAUUUGUUAGUCUUCCAUUUGAUUGAGUGUAAAGAUGAGUGAGAGAAAAGAGUUUAUAAAUUUAAAAUUGAAGAAAAAAGUCACCUAUGUUUGGGAGAGGUUUUUGAUUUGGAUUUGUGUAGAUUUGGACAAUAUGUAAUACAAAAUUAUGUUGAAUUUUGCCUAAAUCUAUCCAAAUUUAAAUCCAAGGCCCAAAAUUCAUGCAAACAAAUGCAGCAUUAAUUUAAUUUAAAUUCAUCCUUAUAAGCACAAACCAGAAAUUUCAAAAUUAUAGGUUUUGAAUUGAAGAAUGGGUGAGCGUGCUGUUUUGUUACAAAGCCUAAUGAUUAUAAUGCUUCCUUUGAUGCAUUCCAUAAAUACUGGGGCUUUUUGCUUAUUGGUCAAGUUCAUAGCAGUUGGCAUGAAGGGAGGUUCCAUCUCUUGGUUUAUGAUUCCAAAGAUUUUUGCUUGGGGUAGAUACACAUGCUCUUCUUUGAAAGCAUUCCCAGAAUUGGGGGUUUGUGGAGUUGCAUAUCAUGAGUUUGGUGGGAAAUGGCGAUAAGUAGUUUCAGAUUUAGGAAAUGGGUGGAAUUUAUUCCAUUUAAAGUGAUUUUUCCUGCAGAGACAGCAGUCCUAAUAAAAAUUGAUGUUAAGUGUGCCAGAAGGACGAGUAGGUGGACCAACUUUGUUGUCUCCUCCAAUGUUUGGGGGCUAGCAUGGGAGCUUUGUUUUGAAACAUGGGCUUUUAUGUGGAGAGCAAUGCCUUCUUUGACAUACAUGGUGUGUUUGAAAAGAGAGAAAUAAGCAUAUCUUUGAAGGAGAGAAGCUCCCUUUCUCUAUCAGCUUCUUAAGGAGGAUCCAAGGUCACUGUUACAAAUAUGAGGGAAAUCUAAUGGUUGUUUAUGCUUUUUCAGCUCAGCCUCAUACUGUUUUUCUCUGCUAAGUAACACAAUCUGGUUAAGAUGGCAGUGGCUACAGAUUCUGCAGUGCUAGAGACAUGACAGUAAAUCCUUAAAAAAAUACAUUUUAGAAAGUUAAGGAUUUGGUGAAGUAGAUUGGCUAAUUAGUUAGCUAUAUGAAGUCCAUUCUUUCCAGCAUGUGCACGGAGAGUUUAAUAGCAUGGCAGUUUUUUUUUUUCUUUUGUAUGAGCAUGGUGCUGUUGUUGUUGUUGUUGCUAUUGUUUUUGUUGUUUUGGGCUUGGACAGGAGGUAGCCCAUCUCCCAUCCCAUACCCCUUCCCAGCCCUCCCAAGAUUAACUUGAGGCCUUCAAUAUGGAAGCCCCAAACUCUAACUGCAGGGAUACUGUUGUAAUAUGUGGCUCAUAUGUUGAGUGGAAUGCAUGUAUAAAGAGAAAUCAUGGUAGAAGGCAGGAAUGCUGACUUGCAGGAGGAAACCGUUGAUGGUUUCACUUCAGUACAGCAAAAAGAGCACAAGUGAAGAUCAGAGCUGCAAGUUUGCAUAAAUCUCCUUCCGCAGAAAGAUUCAAAUAAAUGUGAUGACCAGUUUACACAUAUAAGACUGCACUAAUCCAAAACAGGCAUUUAUAUAUCAUUGCAUCGGUGCGAAUGCAGACAUCUCCAUUGGUAAUUACACGCCAAGCAAGAAAAGUAAAAUUGGAUGGAAGAAUCAGUUGCUCCAGUUCUUCCUACUGACCUCCCUAAAUCUGCCCCUCAGAGCUCUGUAAGGUUCAAAUCAGAUGGGUAUGGAAGUCAUCUAGUUCGUGGGUCUGGCUUUCAGGGUCCAAAGAAAAGGGGACAUGGAAGCCGUUCUUGGAUAAAGAUUGAUCAGAAUGGAAAUUCAAACACUUUGGAGCUUGACAAAGCUACUCUAAUGAGAAGAUGUUCAUUGCCUGCCAGAGAUCUCCGGCUUUUGGAUCCUUUAUUCAUUUAUCCUUCUACAAUAUUAGGCCGGGAGAAAGCCAUUGUGGUCAAUCUUGAACAAAUACGGUGUAUAAUCACUGCUGAUGAGGUUGUGUUGAUGAAUUCCUUGGAUGGCUGUGUUAUACAGUAUGAAUCAGAAUUGUGCAAGCGCCUAAAGACAAAAGAUCAAGCUGAUGACUUGCCUUUCGAAUUUAGGGCUCUGGAGCUGGCUUUGGAACUAACAUGCCUUUCCCUUCAUGCCCAGGUAAAGGAGCUUGAAUUGGAGAUAUAUCCAGUGCUGGAUGAAUUAGCAACAUCUAUUAGCACCUUCAAUCUAGAACGGGUUCGUAGAUUCAAAGGCCACCUCCUUGCAUUGACUCAGCGAGUUCAGAAGGUCCAUGAUGAAAUAGAACAUCUCAUGGAUGAUGAUGGUGACAUGGCUGAGAUGUAUCUGACACAGAAGAAACAAAGUGCAGAGGCUUAUACGGAUGACCUAGAUUUUCAUGGUAACAUUUCAAGUGAGACCACCAGAACAGUCCCAAAGUCUGCACCUGUUUCACCAGUGGCAUCAACUGCUGGAAACCAAAAUUUGGCAAGGGCUUUUAGCACCGCUUUGAGUUCAAGCAAAUAUGGAAGUUUAAUGGGUUCAUCUGCUGCUGGAGAAAAUGUUGAACAACUUGAAAUGUUGCUUGAAGCAUAUUUUGUCGUCAUCGACGAUGCUGUCAGCAAAUUGUUUUCACUGAAAGAGUACAUCGAUGAUACAGAAGAUCUGAUUAACAUUAAACUGGCCAACGUUCAGAACCAGCUGAUACAAUUUGAGUUACUUCUUACAGCGGCUACAUUUGUGGCUACAAUAUUUGCUGUUGUAACAGGAGUUUUUGGAAUGAAUUUUGAUACCACGAUUUUUGAUUACCCAUCUACUUUCAAUUGGGUUCCAGGCACUGAUGCCUUGAGGAUAGGAGAGGGCAGGAACGUUCCAUGGUACGGUAUAGGGUCCUGCCUAGAUUGGAAAUCUAGAAUAUAAUUUUUUAUUAGGAGGCUAUUGGUUACAUAAUGUGAAGUAACCAGAAACAACCUUAUUGAUGGGAGCAGUUGCUGGGUUUACUGCAUAAAUUGCAAAUUACUACCAAAAAAGGAGAUACAAUACAGGGACAGUAAUCCAUAUGAAAAAUUGACCAUUUAUACUUUUUUUACUGCCA